AUGUCGGAAUCACCAAUGACGCAGACCAGCAAACUCUUCGACUUCAGCAUUGAGAUCCUCGAGAACAUUUUCCAGCACCUGGACUCUCUGCACCUGCUACGAGUUGGCUUGCUUUCUCGCCAGGCCCAUACGUUCCUCCUACCGUACUACUUCCGGCGAUGCAACCUGAAUUACUCGGAUGAUUUAACGACCGUGGAUUAUCUGAGCUUUAAUAGAGACAAAAUGGCUCUGACUGAAGAUGCAUUCCGAGCUAUCAGAACAUCGCCUGUGGUCACCAAAGUCAAGCAUCCGCAUUGCGUCUUCAGCUUUCCGGAGCAUCAGUUUCUUUGGGAGAUACGCAACGUAUACACCGUUCUUCUGAAGCUCCGGCACGUGGAGAAGAUCGAACUCAAUUUUGCUGCUAUACCAAACCGUCUUAUCAGUCAUCACGUCGGCCGACUGAAAACACUACAGGAGUGGCGCUGCGCUUUUAGGACAUUCAUGCAGACAGUUCUCGACAAGUCGCCUUCGUCGCUCUCAGUGCUCUAUCCCCCGGACGGCCUUUUGGACGGCCCCUACGGAGUCGACACCAAAGACCAACUUCGAAUCGGGGUUUGGAGAAAUUUAGUCUCCUGGACAGGCUUACGACAUGGGCAGCGCCCCGUUACGAUCAGCGAGCGCUCUUUGUUGGAUCGCGUACUUCCUGCGGCAAUCCGGCCUCAUGCACCUCUCUCGACGUCGUCGAUAUCGCUCGAAUCCAUAACGAGUCUUCAGUUGGGCGCCAAUAUCAGACAAGAAGGAUGGGGGAUAUUGACGAAUCGCUUUACACUCCCUUCCCUUACUUCCCUCGAUCUAGACAUGAGAUCCCAAAUGGGCUUUAUAGCGACCCUACGAUUCCUGGAGCGACACCCUACAAUAUCGACAUUUUGCCUCACGAACGCAAACGCGGAAGAAACAUAUGCUUACCGACCCUAUAUCAUUCCCGACACCUUUCUUCCGCAUUUGAGGACCUUGAAAGCAUCUUUAGACGUUGCCCUGGUUUUCUUUGGACCCCAUAGCACUGCCAAGUUUCCGACCAACUGGAAACCGUAG